AUGAAAGUGUCACAAGAAGACAUUGCUUAUGAGAUAUUUUCUUGGUUACCUGCAAAAACCAUUUGUAAGUUUAAAUUAACUUGCAGUUUAUUUUCCCAAUUUUUAGAAGAAUCUCACUUCAAAACAAAGCAGUCUUGUAAUUUGUUAGGGAAGAGUGAUACAUGUUUCUUCCUCCAACAUGAUCAGAUAAGUCAAAGGUAUCAAAAAAGGAUCGAGUUGCACCAUUUAUCUAAGCAACAUUUCUCUGGUGUUCCUAACAAUGUUAUGACAUUUCUGUCAAAUUCAACUUGCGUUGUAGCUUCUAGCAAUGGUUUGCUUCUUUGUUAUACUAUUGAUUAUCCAGUUGAAUUGUUUAUUUUCAAUCCAAUUACAAAGUCUUGCUUUUUCAUCCCUACUCCGGAGUCACUAAGAAAUAACCAUAGGUUUUCUAACAUAAAUCUCAUGUUAAAUUGUUCACAUGGCUCUUCGGAUGAUUAUUUGAUUUUUUAUUUUGAAAAUACAAUGGAAUGGUCACCAACAAGUUAUGUAUGCAAUAUCUAUCAUGGAAAGGAAGGUGUGUGGAAAACCAUGGCAAACAACUUUUUCUGUGGUGGUAGGAAUAUGAAAUUUGACAUGCAGGUGGUUCACAAUGAAUCACUUCAUUUUAUCUCAGAUUGUUCGAAUUACUUUGCUAGAUCGAGUCCUUUCUAUAAGCCAUACAUAAUGUCUUAUAAUUUUGAAAAAGGAACUUCGACUAUGAUUAAGUUGCCAAGGGAAGCUAUAAAGGGUUUUCACGUCGACUGUAACAUGGGCAUAUUUAAUUGGGGUAAAGUCACUGAUUCCAAUAAUUCCAUCUGUUUAGUGAAAUCAAGAAAGUCUAUUUUUACUAUUUGGUAUUUAAAAGAUUACAAGUCAUGUUCAUGGCGAAAGAUUUUGAGGGUGAGAGUGAAGGCAUUGGGAUUAGAAGAGAAAGAUGCUCGUGUUACCGGAUUUACUGUCAUGAACGGAAAUAUUCUAGUUUUUUCUACAGAACACAAGAUUUAUAGUUGUGGUUUGGAUGAAGAAACAUUUAUGAUGGUGACAGAAAUAGGCUCACACAAUUGUGGAUUCUGUCCUCAAUUUAUUUCCUACUCAAACACUCUUCGUUCUUGUGGCGCCAAUGAUAAAACCAUGUCUUGCUAG